AUCUUUGAAUUUAGAGCUAGCUGCCUAGCUGUAUCUGAGAAUAAAAAAGAGCCAAUUUUCAGAUGGUGUUUAUUCUUUGAAAAGAUUUCGUGGCUUGUGGAAGUGUUUUUGGAAAAUAAUUGGUGAGCAUAUUUGAAAAGUGCAAUGUCAGAUUCUGAAGCAAGUAAUGCUUCCGACAGUGGAUCGGAUGAAGGAUCGCUAAGUUCUAACAAAUCGCAACGUAGCGCACGUUCGCGUUCGCGUUCUCGUUCCGUGUACAGGUCGCGUUCAGGUUCACGCUCGAAAUCUCCCUCUAGAUCUCGUUCGCGCUCCCGUUCGCGUUCUCGUUCAGGUGCAUCGGGCUCGGAAGAUGAAAGUCCUACGCGUAAUAGGCAAAGAAAAAGUAGAAGUCGUUCCGGCGAUGAAGAGCCGGAGGAUGGAGAAGAUUUGGACGGGGACGAAGUCGACUCUGAGUAUGAUGAAGAAGAGGAUGAAGAUGACGACCGACCACGUAAUAAAAAGAAAAAGAAGGAACGUUUUGGUGGUUUUAUUAUAGACGAAGCUGAAGUGGAUGAUGAGGUUGAUGAAGACGAUGAGUGGGAAGAAGGCGCUAACGAGCUAGGUAUAGUAGGGAAUGAAAUUGACGAGUUGGGUCCCACUGCACGAGAUAUUGAAAUUAGACGUCGUGGUACUAACCUAUGGGACACUCAAAAAGAAGAUGAAAUCGAAGAGUACCUACGUAAAAAAUACGCUGACGAAUCGGUUGUUAAGAGGCAUUUCGGUGAUGGCGGUGAGGAAAUGUCGGAUGAGAUAACACAGCAGACUUUGUUGCCUGGCAUAAAAGAUCCUAAUCUUUGGAUGGUAAAAUGCCGCAUUGGUGAAGAGAAAGCCACAGCACUGCUUUUAAUGCGCAAAUUUUUGACUUAUCUAAAUACAGAUGAACCGUUGCAAAUUAAAUCGGUUGUAGCGCCGGAAGGAGUGAAGGGCUAUAUUUAUCUGGAGUCUUUUAAACAAACACAUGUUAAAACCGCUAUUGACAAUGUGGGCAACUUGCGCAUGGGCAAAUGGAAACAAGAAAUGGUACCCAUCAAGGAAAUGACAGAUGUAUUGAAGGUGGUCAAAGAGCAAGUCGGAUUGAAGGUUAAACAGUGGGUACGUCUUAAGCGUGGUCUAUAUAAGGAUGAUAUAGCUCAGGUGGAUUAUGUUGAUUUGGCACAAAAUCAAGUACAUUUGAAACUCUUGCCACGUAUUGAUUAUACACGCAUGCGCGGUGCCCUAAGAACAACUGCGACGGAAUCCGACGACUUCAAACGUAAGAAGAAACGUAGACCCGUAGCGAAACCUUUCGAUCCCGAAGCCGUGAGGGCCAUUGGUGGCGAAGUCCACUCCGAUGGUGACUUUUUGCUUUUCGAAGGCAACCGUUAUUCCCGUAAAGGAUUUUUAUAUAAAAACUUUACCAUGUCAGCUAUUCUGGUUGACGGCGUGAAGCCUACAUUGGCAGAGUUGGAACGUUUCGAAGAACAACCGGAAGAUGUGAAUUUGGAAAUCGUCGCCGGAUCAAAGGAUGAUCCCACAAGCACACAUUCCUUUUCUAUGGGUGAUAAUGUAGAGGUAUGCGUUGGUGAUUUGGAAAAUUUGCAGGCGAAAAUCAUUGCAAUUGAUGGUGCCAUGAUAACAGUUAUGCCAAAGCAUCAAGACCUCAAAGAUCCCUUGAUUUUUAAAGCCAGUGAGUUACGCAAGUUCUUUAAAACUGGCGAUCACGCCAGAGUUUUAGCUGGUCGUUAUGAAGGUGAAACUGGUUUGAUUAUACGGGUGGAACCAAUGCGCAUAGUGUUGGUAUCUGAUUUGACAAAUCACGAAUUGGAAGUGUUGCCCCGUGAUUUGCAACUUUGUUCAGAUGUGGCUACAGGUGUUGAUUGCUUGGGUCAAUUUCAAUGGGGUGAUCUUGUACAACUUGAUCCUCAAAAUGUCGGUGUUAUUGUACGUUUGGAACGCGAAAACUUCCAUGUUUUGGGUAUGCAUGGCAAAGUUAUAGAAUGCAAACCUACUGCUUUACAUAAGCGUAGAGAAAAUCGUAAUACUAUUGCUUUGGAUGCUGACCAAAAUCAGAUAAGACGACGUGACAUAGUUAAAGUAAUGGAAGGACCACAUGCUGGUCGUUCUGGAGAGAUUAAGCAUCUUUAUCGCAGUUUGGCUUUCCUACAUUGCCGUAUGUACACCGAGAAUGGUGGCAUAUUUGUAUGUAAAACUCGUCAUUUGCAGUUGGCUGGCGGUAGCAAGAGUCAGGCUAAUACUGCAGGUGCACUUGGCGGUUUCGGAUUUAUGUCGCCACGCAUACAAUCGCCUAUGCAUCCAUCUGGUGGCCGAGGUGCGCGUACCGGAGGUAGGGGAGGACGUGGUGGCUUCCGUGUAACUCGUGAUCGCGAAAUCUUAGGCAAGACAAUUAAGAUUAGCGGCGGCCCAUAUAAAGGCGUUGUUGGUAUCGUUAAGGAUGCCACCGAGAGUACAGCUCGCGUAGAGUUGCAUACUUCAUGCCAAACUAUAUCUGUCGAUCGCAACCAUAUCGCCAUGGUUGGUGUACCCGGAAAAGAGGGAGGCAGUGUAUCGACAUAUGGUCGUACCCCAGCACGUACACCUGGUUAUGGGUCGCAGACACCAGUUUAUGCUGCAGUUGGUUCGAAGACACCAUUACUUGGUAAUCAAACUCCCAAUUGGGAUUCUGAAGGCCGUACACCAUAUAGUGGUACAAUGACGCCAUCUCAUGACGGUAGCAUGACACCUCGUCAUGGCGCUUGGGAUCCAAGCAUUGCAAAUACACCGGCACGUACCAAUGACUUUGAUUACACGCUGGAAGAACCUAGCCCCAGUCCUGGCUAUAAUCCAAGCACACCAGGCUAUCAAAUGAAUACGCAAUUCGCACCACAAACUCCAGGCACUUUAUACGGUUCGGAUCGUAGCUACAGUCCUUUCAACCCAAGUCCCAGUCCAGCACCGUCGCCAUAUCCAGUUGGUUACAUGAACACGCCAUCUCCAUCUACGUAUUCACCAAAUACACCUGGCGGUAAUCCACAAUCACCAUAUAACCCACAAACUCCUGGCGCUAGUCUGGACUCACCGAUCGGUGAUUGGUGCACAACCGAUAUUGAAGUUAAAAUUCAUACACAUGACGAUGCAGAUUUAGUUGGACAAACAGGCAUUAUUCGUACUGUUUCGAAUGGUGUUUGCUCGGUAUUCUUGCGCCAAGAAGAUCGCAGUGUGUCGAUUGUAAGCGAGCAUUUGGCUCCAGUACCACCGGAAGUGGGUGACGAAUUCAAAGUUAUUUAUGGCGACGAGCGGGAAUCAGUGGGAAAAGUUAGAUCACUUUCGGACAAGGACACUAGUCUCUGCCAGAUUAAUGACGAAAUUAAACUACUUCCAACAUCAUAUUUAUGCAAAAUGAAGUCUAUUGAUUAAAGAUAUAACUACGAUUGACAAUGAAAUAAUAUACACACACGUGUAAUGAUGUAUAUGUAUGGAUUACUGUACCACUUUUAACGUUGGAUUUGAUAAUAAAUAUAGUUCCAACAAAAA